CCUCUUCAUGCUCUUCUGGCGGAACUGCGUGUGGUGUCUCCCGUACAGCACGCUCAGGGUCGCUCCUGCGGGCUGCCAGUCCAGACAGAGCUCUUGGGACGUCAAGGCGCCCUGGAGGAGGCGGAGGCGGAGGCGGAGGCGGCGGCACCACCUGAGGUGCAGGAAGUCGAGGAGGAUGAAGAGGAGGCCCUUCCGCACUCCGAGGCUGUGGAUGUGUUCCAGGAAGGUCUAGCCAUGGUGGUGCAGGACCCACUCCUAUGCGAUUUACCGAUCCAGGUUACUUUGGAAGAGGUCAAUUCCCAAAUAGCCCUGGAAUACGGCCAAGCAAUGACAGUCCGAGUGUGCAAGAUGGAUGGGGAAGUCAUGCCUGUGGUUGUAGUACAGAACGCCACGGUCCUGGAUCUGAAGAAGGCCAUCCAGAGAUACGUGCAACUUAGGCAGGAGCGCGAAGGGGGCAUUCAACACAUCAGCUGGUCCUAUGUGUGGAGGACGUACCAUCUAACUUCUGCAGGAGAAAAGCUCACAGAGGACAGGAAGAAGCUCCGAGAUUAUGGUAUCCGGAAUCGGGAUGAGGUAUCCUUCAUCAAAAAACUGAGGCAAAAAUGAACCUCCAAGCAGGACAACUGUGUGCUGGUGGCCAGGCUUCUCCCAGGUCAUUGUCGCCUGUCCACAGAAGUAGACUCACCAGCUGUGCACAGCUGGAACUGCCAGAGUGAACUCGGGGCCCUCGGGAGUAGGACUGGGUGAGCCCAUGCUCAAGACCUGAACUUGACCCCCUCCCUGACCUAAACACCAUAAUUUCAUGGCGGAUCCCACAGGACUGUGGGCAUGGCCUCGUGUACAGAAUAAAUCUCUCUGCCAUUUAGAAAAGUGACAAAGCCACAAUACCAGGGUGAGAGGGCCUGACACAGCCCCCAUCACAGGGGAGGCAGGGGGCAGAGAAUGGUGCAGGUGAGUCCUAAAGGUCUAAGGUGCCAUGUGAGCCUGUGGCUGUGAUCUCUACAGCAGGCAGGAAAUAAAGCAAAGCAACCGA